UCUCACAGUAGAAACAAAUGGCGGCUGCGGGUUUAGAAGCAGUGCUGAACGAAGUGAGAGAUACUUUUGAGGGUGGGAAGACAAAGAGCUUGUCUUGGAGAAAAUCUCAGCUGAACGCUCUUCUGCGGCUUCUAGUGGAAACUGAGGAUGAAAUCUUCAGGGUUCUCAAAGAGGAUCUCGGCAAGCAUAGAGUUGAGGCUUUCAGAGAUGAGAUAGGGUUCCUGCUCAAAUCAGUGAACUAUCAUCUGGACAAUAUCAAGAAAUGGAUGGCUCCGAAAAAGGUCGACAUUCCAAUUGCUGCGUUCCCAUCAACUUGUGAGCUGGUGGCAGAGCCUCUUGGAGUUGUUCUUCUGAUCUCUUCGUGGAAUUUCCCGAUUGGGAUUUCACUGGAGCCACUAAUAGGAGCUAUAUCAUCUGGAAAUGCAGUAGUACUGAAGCCUUCAGAACUAGCUCCAUCAUCAUCUGCAUUCUUAGCAAACACUAUCCCUAAGUAUUUGGACCCCAAAGCAGUGAAGGUCAUCGAAGGAGGUCCUCGCAUAGGAGAACGACUGUUGGAGCACAAAUGGGACAAGAUAUUCUUUACUGGUAGCACGAGAAUUGGGCGGAUGGUCAUGGCAGCAGCUGCGAAGCAUCUGACGCCGGUUGCUCUGGAGCUUGGCGGGAAAUGCCCUGCCAUUGUGGAUUAUCUCUCAAGCUCUAGAGACAAAAAGGUAGCUGUCGAGCGAGUGGUUGCAGGAAAGUGGGGCUCCUGCAAUGGCCAAGCCUGCGUAGCAAUCGAUUAUUUACUCGUGGAAGAGAAAUUUGCACCCAUUCUGGUUGAAAUGAUAAAGGGAACACUGAAGAGAUUUUACCCGAAACCUGAUGACACAGCGAAGAUUGUCAACGAGCAUCAUUUCCAGAGACUCAGCAAUCUCCUGAAGAAUCCUUCAGUUACAUCAUCCAUUGUGCAUGGAGGCUCCGUGGAUUACAAGAACCAGACGAUUGAGCCAACGGUUGUGUUAGAUCCUCCGCUGGACGCUGAAAUCAUGACAGAAGAGAUAUUUGGCCCGCUGCUUCCGAUUAUUACCCUGAAGAAAAUUGAGGACAGUAUUGGGUUCAUCAAGGCGAAGCCGAAACCUCUUGUCAUUUACGCCUUCACAAAUGACCAGAAGCUGAAGAGGAGAAUUGUGGAUGAAACAUCUUCAGGAUCUGUCACAUUUAAUGAUUCCUUGAUACAGUAUGUUUGUGACACGAUACCCUUCGGAGGGAUCGGCGAGAGUGGAUUCGGGAGCUAUCACGGCAAGUUCACGUUCGAUAUGUUCAGUCACGAGAAGCCAGUACUAAAGAGGAGCUUCUUGACCGAGUUCAGUUUCAGAUACCCGCCAUGGAAUGAACAGAAGUUGCAGCUGCUGAGGCGCCUGUAUGAGUUCGACUACUUUGGAUUUGCUCUGGUGUGGCUGGGACUGAAGAGGAGGUGAAAAUAUUGUGUUUGGUUUUUUUUUCUCGAUCGAUUACCGGAAUAAAUAAAUUAUGGCCAGGUGACAGGCAAAAUGUUGUUGCUUGUCUUGGAAAUGUCAUGAAAUUUGUUGAUGUUUGGUGGGGAAAUUGAAUAAGAAAAUUGAGAAUUAAAUUUGUAUUA